AUGAAGUUUGGCCAGAACUUCCAUCGCCAUCAAAUUCGGGAAUGGGCCCCGUAUUAUGCCCGCUACAACCACAUCAAGGCUCUGAUCAAGGCAUCUCAGCCGGGAGGCAGCCCUAGCCAAGAAGAGAGCUAUGAGUAUCUCGAAAGUGAUAUUAAUGUCUUCAAAACGUUCCACCAGCUUCUAUACAGCUUUCUAGAACACCAGGAGAGAGCACUCUGCUCAACAUACGGUUUGCGAUUUCCAGUUUUGACAAUCCCGGACCUCGCAUCGUUGCAUGAAUGUGAACCCCGCCAUAUCCUUGAAUCCAUUCUCGAGCUUCAAGCGGAUUUAGCGAGGCUACAAUGGUACGAUAGAGUCAAUGGAGAAGCUUUGUCUAGACUGUGCGACAAGCUUGAGAAGAUCAACGGAGGCAAUAGCCCGAGGAGGCUGUUAGUGGAUGUCCAACCUACUUUUGACGCCCAGUGCAACAGUGAUGGCGAAAGAUUAAGAAGCUUGGAGAAAGAUAUCACUCGUUCUCUUCGUGACCGGAAGGCGCAGGCUCCUCUGCGAUCGCUCUUUCUCUCGAAAGCCAAGUUUCCCUUCGCAAUUUAUCCCGAACAUGUUCUCACAGCAAUUGUGGGCGAUCGGGAUACGGUCCUAUCAGAGCUCCUAGCCCAAUAUUCAACAAGAGAUCGCAUAGAGUAUUCUGAAAUGCUGGAGCUGUUGAUGCAGUUUUGCACAGUUUCUCAAUCUAGAAAGUGCUUUGAAAUAUUGAUCACUGAACUCGGGAGCAAAGGCCCCUUCAUGAUUAAUUCUGGAUUUCUAAACCGCUACAUAGCUAGCCUUGGUCGAGAGAGAAUAUCCAAAAGCCGUAUUGAUGAGCAGGCAUCUGAUAAUGGUAUACGAGGCGACGCGGACAACUCCUUAUGUUUAAUCAUGCGUGAUAUGAUUGAAUCGGGUCAAAUUGAAAAAAGUUGUCUACGAAUCGUUGAUUUUCGAGGGCGUCUUCCGCUUCAUUAUGCCGCUAUCCAUGGCAUAUAUCCAUUUGCCAUGGUUCUUUUGCCUGACACCCCAUUACAUAUUGAAGAGGCGUUACUUCUGAAGGAUUGCGAGGGUCACACACCCCUGAACCUGGCCGUGAUCUACGGCCAUACAGCAAUCGUCAAAUUGUUUCUACAAGCGCUCAAAAUUACCAAUCAAGCGGAUCAAAAAAUAAAGGACACUCUGGCUCACCUGUUGGGUGACAUCCUUCUAAUCGCCCUCAAGUGCCAACACGAUCACAUAGUCUCUUUAUUAUCCUGGGCACAAUCACACGUGGAUUGCCAUUCUAACCAGGGGAAAACCGCUCUUCAUGUCGCCGUUCAGAUCGGCCGAACAGACUAUGUGAAGAUAAUCCUUCAAGCAAUGUCCCACUCGAUGGCCAGCAUCGAUGUAGCCGAAACCACACGCGGCUGGACACCACUCAUUCUGGCUUGCAUAAUGGGUCACCUCGAAAUAGUCGAGAUCUUGCUACAGGCAAAGGCAAGCCAUACGAUGGUCGACCGUCGUGGUUGGACUGCAAAAGAACAUGCGGCUUUUCGAGGUCAUCUCCAUAUAGCCAAUCUGCUCCCAACGCACGAAAGUUUAGGUCCAUUUGGCGGGCCUAGCAAUUUACAACCAGACACUGUGAGCUCCAGCUUUAUGACCAAAGGUGAUGAAAGCUGUCUAGUCCUGAAUCUUGGUCCAAUGCAAACGAACAAGCAAAUGGCAGCCGUUGCGCUUAACUUUGAUCCAACAUCACAUCCCGAAAGCUUUUCGAUCGAAGUUUCUUUACCGGGUGGUCCAAGCUAUUUACUUCAAUUGCCCAUACUGGACGACGCGAGUAACCCAUUGCUAUUCCCAGUAGGAAAAUCAGCUACACCUCAAAUCAUAUUCAAACUUUUCCGCGGUGUUGGCACAGGCGGUCAAAAGGGUCCUCUUGUUGGAGGUGGCACUGCUCUUCUAGAGAACGCCUGCCAUUCCUGCACUCCUGAUCGUGAAUCCCUAAUAAGAACACGUAGCAUUUCCAUCAUGUCCAAGAAUACAUUAGACUUUAUAGGCACCGUCUCGUUCACGUAUGUUAUAGCAAAGCCCUACGCCAGCACCGGUCGCCCACCAGCGCAGCUCAUACCAAUAUCAAACUCCGUACAGCUCGUGGGCCACAGAGGCUUCGGCCAGAACACAGCAGAGCGGGACUAUCUUCAGCUAGGGGAGAAUACAGUUGAAGUAGGACAGUCCUGUCUUUCAGCGAAAACAAUGGGCGCCUCAUUGGUGGAAGUAAACGUUCAGGUAACAAGAGACCUGGUCCCGAUCAUUUAUCAUGAUUUCUCCCUGAGCGAGUCAGGAACGGAUGUGCCGAUCCAUGAUGUGAGCCUAAAUCAGUUUCUCUAUUCCGGUAAAUCUGCACUUCUAGAUGACUUGGUCCGGAGCUUGCCGAAUGAUCGAGCAUGCCAACGAAAUCCUCGCUCACAAUCGUUGACGAGAUACGACGAUAAAUUUGCCAGCGCCAAUUAUAGACUACAGCACACCGUAGACUUUAUGAAGAAAGGGUUUAAGCCUAACAGCCAGGGAACUUCCAUACAGAGUCCGUUUGCGACACUGGAAGACCUACUUAUUAAGUUGCCCAAGGAUCUUGGGUUUGUUAUUGAGCUAAAGUAUCCUAGACCGCACGAAGCUGCAGAUGCCAGUGUUGCACCUGUUGCAAUUGAGGUAAACGCAUUCAUCGAUGUAAUCCUCGACAAAAUCCACCGUUUCGGCGCCGGGAGAAAUAUUGUUCUGGCGUCAUUUACCCCUGAAAUUUGCAUUCUUCUAUCGCGUAAGGCUAGGGGGUAUCCGAUCAUGUUUAUUACCAAUGCUGGCAAACGUCCCAUAACAGAUAUGGAGAAGCGUGGAGCCAGUCUCCAGGUCGCUAUUCAAUUCGCAAGGCAGUGGAACUUUACCGGUGUCGUUCUCGCCGCAGAGACCUUUUUAUUGUGUCCGCGUCUCAUUCAAUACGUACAAAGGUCUGGGCUUCUCUGCGCUUCAUACGGACUAGUGAAUAAUGUGCCGGAAAACGCAAAGGUACAAGUUGAUGCUGGAAUUGACAUGCUCAUUGUCGAUCGUGUUGGCCUAAUUGCGAAAGCAUUAGCUUCCACUCAAGAGGUGGUGAACAGGAAUUAG